ACGCGGUCGACGUUUUAUCGACCUCCUUUGCCGGCAGUGGCCGCCGAGCCGCCCGAAGAGGCUGUGCGCUGCGGAAGGCUUGUGCAUUCAUCCUUACCCUCAAAUCGCUGCUCGCGCUGCGGCUCGCCGAGGACAUAAAGCUAAACAGUCAAGCAUGAAGCGGGAAGUAACGGUGGACCGCCUCGUCCAGGCCAGCUUCCCCGCGGCCGAGGGCGUCGUCGAGGGCAUCGUGCGCCAGAUCGACGGCGCGCGCUGCCUCGUCGAGUGGGACCACGGCGUCAGCGAGUGGUACUCGCUCCGCGCCGUCUCGGCGAUGAAGGAGCCCGCGAUGUCGCCGCAGCAGCGGCGGCCGGCGCGGACGAGCGGGCCCGUCGACCCCUACGCGGGGCGGCCGCGCAAGUUCCCGUCCCGCGGGGCCGACCUGGCGCAGCUCGGCGUCCGCGCGACGACGUCGCCCGACGCGGCGCCCUUCGAGCUGAAGAGGCGCGCGGCUUCCGGCUCCAAGCCCGAGCACGUGAGCCUCGUGGCGCGGCCGCGGCGCGGCGAGGCGCCCUGGGUCGCGCACCGCGCGCUCGGCCACGGCGCGUUCGGCGCCGUCUUCGACGUGACGCUGCGGACCGAGGCGCGGCCGCGCGUCGCGCUCAAGAUAUGCUUCGCCGGCGCGCGGCGCUUCGGUAUCGAGCGCGAGAUCGAGGUUCUGGCGGAAGUCUCGCGGCGGCGGCCCGCGCUGAAGACCGCCCCGGUCGGCGGGCUCGCGGAGCUCGAGACGUUCUUCGCCUACCGCGACGCGUCGGCGGUGGCCAUGCGGCUCGCAGACACGACGCUCUCGGAUCUGGCCAAGGGGCUCCGGGGCGUCGCGAUGCGGUUCUCGGAGCCCGUCGCCCUGUUCUACGCGAUCGGGACGCUCGAGGCGGUCGACGCGCUCCACUCGGCGGACUUUCUCCACGCCGACGUCAAGCCCGACAAUCUGUGCCUGACCUACGGCGAGCCGGACGACGUCGGCACGGGCAAGCCGGUGGACGCGAUCGCGGCCGCGGGCUACCGCGUGACGCUCAUCGACUACUCGCUGGCGGUCGAUUUACGAGCGUACGAGAACCCGGACCAGCGGUUCGUGAGCGGAGCGGACUCGCCAGCUCAGGUCCCCGAGUACUGCUGGCCGCCCGCGUUAAAGGACGCGAGCUGGCGCCGCGAGAUCGACCUCUACGCCGUCGGGAGGAUCCUCUACCAGGUCGCGGCCGGUUCCAUACUCUCAAAGACGCUCACCUCGACGAACCUCGAGACACGGCUGCCGCGCGGCUGGAACCGCCGGCUCUGGGCCGACGUCCUCGCGAAGCUCAUCGACGCCGACGAGUCGGUCGACCUCGGCGCGCUCGCGCGCACCAUGCGGCGCCACUUGGAGAAAGAUGUGCUGGCUGGCGACACGGCCAAGCUCGUCGAGGCCCUCGACCACCACCGCCGCCUCGUCACCGGCGAAGCGCGGCGCGGCGCCGACGCCGCCGCGACGCGCGUCAAGCCAAUGGAAGAUGAUCUUCCAAGCGAGCCGCCGAAGCCCGAGCCGCGCACGGUGCGCGUCUCGCCGUCGCCGACGCAACCAGCACGGGGCCGCGCCAAGCGCCCGCGGUCCGAGGCGCCCGCGCGGUCCUCGCGCCGCGCGCGCGCCGUCGUGUCCUACGCGGAGCCGAAGGGCAACGCCAAGCUCCGGAACAGCCAUGGCGUUGUGUGGACGAGUCGGUGAAUGAGGACUCCCUUUAGUGCUGCUGCUGUAGCCAUUCCCCACCAACAACAAGAAGCUAUAAGACUGUAGAAAGUAGAAA